UUCCACCGCUACACCAUGUCUGACAAACCCGAUAUGGCCGAGAUUGAGAAAUUCGAUAAGUCGAAAUUGAAGAAGACAGAAACGCAAGAGAAAAAUCCACUGCCUUCAAAAGAAACGAUCGAACAGGAGAAGCAAGCGGGCGAAUCGUAAUGAGGCGGCGCCGCCAAUAUGCACUGUACAUUCCACAAGCAUUGCCUUCUUAUUUUCCUUCUUUUAGCUGUUUAACUUUGUAAGAUGCAAAGAGGUUGGAUCAAGUUUAAAUGACUGCUGCCCCUUUUCACAUCAAAGAAUCGAGAACUACUGACAACGAAGGCGGCGCCUGCCGCUCCCAUCGGCCUGUCUGGCUGGCAGGGAAGGAAAAGAACUUGCAUGUUGAAGGAGGGAGCUGGGUGGGACGACAGUGAAUAAAAUAUAUAGAGUAAAAACAAAGCUGGUCCAAGGUGUCCUGCAGGCGUAAAAUGCAGUUUAAUCGGGGUGCCAUUUUUUUUUUUUGUUCAAAUGAUUUUAAUUAUUGGAAUGCACAAUUUUUUUAAUAUGCAAAUAAAAAGUUUUAAAAC